AAAUCAUUAUUAUUAUUAUUAUGCCCAAAAACAAAGCAAGGACCCUGCCAAUAUAGUCUUGUGGUCCAGUUUCAUUGUGCUUCCACCUUUGUGGACUGUGUUCUUUUACUCUAUUUGUGUUUGCUGCUGCUCUGUGUUUUUCGUUUGAUUUGCUGGUGCUCCCUUGCCUCUUUGAUCAAAUGUCCUUGAGCCAUGGUUUCUUCCCCGAUGAAGACAAGCCUUUGUUAAAUUGGACCAUCAAGACCUUCUUGGACCCCUAUAUCCUUUGAAUGGAAAUAAAUUUGGAGAAACUUCGUAGCUGCUAUGUUCUGUGUAGUGCUCAACAGGAAUGGUUUCUGUGUACUGCUAUGGUUUUGGUCUAAUCUUGUGCUCUGAGAUUGGUUCAUGCCUUGUUAUCAAUUUGAUGCUGAAUCUUUGUUGUAAUUUGUAAGUGAAUUUAGAAUCUUUUUUAUGCUUUGUGGAUUGUCACUGUGUGGUUAGUUUUGUUAUGGUUGCUUCCAAGAAACCACGCCUUAGACUUAGAGAUGUGGCCUUGUGCCGUUUGUUAUCUGUGGUGUUUGUUACUUUAUGUGGGGUUUUGCUGCUGAUAUUUCUCCUUGCAUCAAAUUCAACAUCAAGUGUUGUGACUCAUAGUUUAGACAAUGUUGAUGCAUUCCAUCGUGACUUGAAGUUUGCAAAGGGGCACAAUCUCCCCCAACAAAAUGACUUGUCACUUAGAUUGGAAAAGCUAAAUGAGUUGCUUCCAAGGAACUUGGAUUUGUUUCCAACUCUGGCCAAGGAUCAUAUCAUUGUAGUUCUGUACGUUCACAAUCGGCCCCAGUAUCUUAAAGUGGUUGUUGAGAGCCUUUCGCGGGUGGUAGGGAUUAGUGAGACCUUACUAAUUAUUAGUCAUGAUGGGUACUUUGAGGAGAUGAACAAGAUCAUUGAUGGUAUCAGAUUUUGUCAAGUUAAACAGAUAUAUGCUCCUUAUUCGCCCCAUCUGUUUUUUGAUAGUUUUCCUGGGGUCUCGGCUAAUGACUGCAAGGACAAAGAUGAUGCUGAAGAAAAACGUUGUGAGGGGAAUCCUGAUCAGUAUGGAAACCAUCGCUCCCCAAAGAUUGUGUCACUUAAGCAUCAUUGGUGGUGGAUGAUGAACACGGUAUGGGAUGGAUUGAGAGAGACAAGAGAGCAUUCUGGUCAUAUUCUUUUCAUUGAAGAAGACCACUUCAUAUUUCCCAACGCGUAUCGCAAUCUACAGGUUCUAACUUCAUUGAAGCCUAAAAGAUGCCCCGAUUGUUAUGCGGCAAAUUUAGCACCUUCGGAUGUGAACUCAAGAGGUGAAGGAUGGGCAAAUUUGAUUGCAGAGAGAAUGGGGAAUAUAGGUUACUCUUUCAAUCGAACUGUUUGGAGGAAAAUACACAACAAGGCUAGAGAAUUUUGUUUCUUUGAUGACUAUAAUUGGGAUAUCACAAUGUGGGCAACUGUUUAUCCCUCAUUUGGUAGUCCUGUUUACACGUUACGUGGUCCUAGGACUAGUGCCGUUCACUUUGGGAAAUGUGGUUUGCAUCAGGGUCAGGGGGAGAAAAACGCUUGCAUUGAUAAUGGCAUGGUGAAUAUUAAUGUGGAAGAUCUUGACACAGUUUCUAACAUUAAAUCAGAUUGGGAAGUUCACACCUACAAAAAUCAGCCUGGUUAUAAAGCCGGGUUUAAGGGUUGGGGCGGUUGGGGUGAUAAUAGAGACCGCCAUUUAUGCUUGAGUUUUGCCGACAUGUAUCACUCCACAGGCCCUGCAUCACCAUUGUAAGAGUUAUGUUGUUUUUGGCUAGUUUUUGUUGUGUUUUGCCAACAUGUAUCACUCCACUGCCACUGCAUCACCAUUGUAAGAGUUAGAGUUUUUAGCUGCUUUUGUCUCUCUUUUUAUUUUUUAUUUGGUCUACGAUAUCACAAGGAGCAGAUUAGAUCCUUCAAUACAGGAAUUCAUACAAGUCCUUCACAAACAGUGUUUGGGUUCAUAAAUACUUUGGUAACCAUCAUUGAACCUCAUGUACCAGUUGUAACAUAAAAUGGUUAUUCAUUCAUAUUGAUUCUUCCUCACAUGAAGGAAGGUUUAGUAUU